GACGUCCUUACCUCGCGCCCGUGGUGAGAGGGUUCGAAGAUGGCGGCGCGCAAGGGUAGGCGGCGCGCAUGCGAAACCGGGGAACCCAUGGAGGCCGAGUCCAGCGACGCAGGGACUGAAGGCCCGGCCCAGGUGUACCUGCCGGGUCGCGGACCGCCGCUGCGAGAAGGAGAGGAGCUGGUCAUGGACGAGGAGGCCUAUGUGCUGUACCACCGAGCGCAGACUGGAGCCCCCUGCCUUAGCUUCGACAUAGUCCGCGAUCACCUGGGAGACAACCGGACAGAGCUCCCUCUUACACUUUACCUGUGUGCUGGGACCCAGGCGGAGAGUGCCCAGAACAAUAGACUGAUGGUGCUUCGGAUGCAUAAUCUGCAUGGGACAAAGCCCCCACCGUCAGAGGGCAGCGAUGAGGAGGAGGAGGAGGAAGAUGAAGAGGAUGAAGAAGAACGGAAACCUCAGCUGGAGCUGGCUAUGGUGCCCCACUAUGGUGGCAUCAACCGGGUCCGGGUGUCAUGGCUGGGGGAGGAGCCGGUGGCUGGGAUAUGGUCGGAGAAGGGCCAGGUGGAGGUGUAUGCACUGCGGCGGCUCCUGCAGGUGGUGGAUGACCCCCAGGCCUUGGCGACCUUCCUCCGGGACGAGCAGGCCCGUGUGAAGCCCAUCUUCGCCUUCUCUGGCCACAUGGGCGAGGGCUUUGCACUUGACUGGUCCCCUCGUGUGUCUGGGCGCCUGCUGACCGGUGACUGUCAGAAGAACAUCCACCUGUGGACGCCAACGGACGGCGGCUCCUGGCACGUGGACCAGCGGCCGUUUGUGGGCCACACACGCUCUGUGGAAGACCUGCAGUGGUCCCCAACUGAGGACACAGUGUUUGCCUCGUGCUCAGCUGAUGCCUCCAUUCGCAUCUGGGACAUCCGGGCCGCCCCAAGCAAGGCCUGCAUGCUUACUGCCGCUGCUGCCCACGACGGGGAUGUCAACGUCAUCAGCUGGAGCCGCCGGGAACCCUUCCUGCUCAGUGGCGGGGAUGACGGUGCCCUCAAGGUCUGGGACCUGCGGCAGUUCAAGUCUGGCUCCCCGGUGGCCACCUUCAAGCAGCACGUGGCCCCCGUGACCUCAGUCGAGUGGCACCCCCAGGAUAGUGGGGUUUUCGCGGCCUCAGGUGCGGACAACCAGAUCACGCAGUGGGACCUGGCUGUGGAGCGUGACCCCGAGGCAGGCGAGGUGGAGAGCACUGACCCCGGGCUGGCAGGCCUCCCGCAGCAGCUGCUGUUCGUGCACCAGGGUGAGACGGACCUGAAGGAGUUGCACUGGCACCCGCAGUGUCCCGGGCUCCUCGUCAGCACGGCACUGUCGGGCUUCACCGUCUUCCGCACCAUCAGUGUAUGAUGCGCCUGCUGCGGCGGCCCCAGGCCCUUCACUCGGCCGCCAAGGCCGGAGCUGGGUCCGCGGGCAGGGGCAGGUCUGCCGACCUACCCUCCUCCAAUCUAAGGACGUCAAGCGGGCCGUUGGCUGCCAUGAUGGAUUCUGUGUGACGUCUUGUUCUUUGAAAGGACUUCAUUUCGUCCCACCACCCCUCUUGCCAAAGAUUCUGGUUUAACCCAUGACUGUAGAACUGCGUGGUUCCAUCCAGGGAGCCUUCUGACCAUAGGGCCCCGUUUGAUGCCGGGGGCCCUCAUGCGGGAAGACUUGGUUUGGCCCAGACUGCCCUCCCCUUCUCCCCACCACCUGUGCAAGGACCUGCUGGCCUGUUUCCCAGGUGGGCCUGGUGGGGGCCACUGUCAUCGUGUAUAUUUUGUGAGCUCUGGCCCCUGGCUUGAUCCUUUGACCUCUCCGUCCCAGGACCCAGUUGUCGCCACUGGUCUUCCCGCAGGGAACUCGAGCACUUCGCCAUGGGUGGGCCAAAGUGGUGAGCUGGGCUCCUCCGGCAGAAUCUGGUUUUGCCCUUUGUCUUCCUGCCACACAGGGUUUGGCCCGGAUUUCCUAGUGGGGGCUGUCAGGGGGCAGGGUGUCUUCCUCCCCUCUGUCCGCCAUGCAAGAUGGGCUCCAUGCGAGGAGGAAGGCCAGGGGGCUCCUGAGGCAGUAAAGGACUGGAACGAG